GCGGGCGGCGGGCUCGGCCGGGGGCUGGCGGCGGCGGAGGCAGCGGGGCCAUGGCCGCCGACGUGUUCAUGCGGCCGGCGCAGCUCCUGGGCGCGGCGGGGCCGCUGUCCCCCCGCGCGGAGCCCGAUGAGGACUCGUCGGAUACCGACGACGGCGGCGCUUCGCCGGGAGGAGGGCGGCGGUGCGGGCCGCGGCGGGGGCAGCCCCCGGGCCCCCAGAUCAUCCACUCGGGCCACUUCAUGGUGUCGUCGCCUCACAGCGAGCACCCUCCCAAGAAGGGCUACGACUUCGACACGGUCAACGAGCAGACCUGCCAGACAUACCAGUUCGGGGCGGCCCGAGGGGGCGGCGGCGCCGGGGGGCGCCUCAGCAUCGACGCGUCGCUCACGAAGCUCUUCGAGUGCAUGUCCCUGGCCUACAGUGGGAAGCUAGUGUCUCCAAAAUGGAAAAAUUUUAAAGGCUUGAAACUUCAGUGGAGAGAUAAAAUCCGUCUCAAUAACGCCAUCUGGAGGGCAUGGUACAUGCAAUACCUCGAGAAGCGCAAGAAUCCUGUGUGCCAUUUUGUGACUCCCUUGGAUGGCUCUGUUGAUGUAGAUGAACAUCGUCGGCCAGAGGCCAUUGCAACAGAAGGAAAGUACUGGAAACGACGGAUUGAAAUAGUCAUCAGGGAAUACCACAAGUGGAGAACAUACUUCAAGAAAAGGUUACAGAAACAUAAAGAUGAAGAUCUGUCAAGUUUGGUCAGGGAUGACGAUGUGGUUCUCUGGCAAAAAAGAAGAUAUGGCAGAGAAACCCCUGUCCCUAUGGAGGAAGGCCUCUUCGAUACAGAUAUGCUUAUGUCUGAGUUCUCCGACACCCUGUUCUCCACACUGUCUUCGCAUCAAUUGGUCUCCUGGCCAAAUCCCAGAGAGAUAGCGCACUUAGGAAAUGCUGACAUGAUUCAACCAGGGCUUAUUCCUCUCCAGCCAAAUUUUGAUUUCAUGGACACUUUUGAGCCGUUUCAGGAGUUAUUCACAUCUAGUCGUUCCAGUACUUAUUUCCCUUCUGUGUCUGCUGCCAGCUCAGCUACAACAGACAGCAGCAGUCAUUCUUCUCAGACUCCUGUCCUGUCAUCAGGUUCACUGCCCAACACACUUCCAUCUGGGAACAUCAGCGAUGGACUGAUUGCUUCCUCAGUACCUUCUCCUGUCAUUCCUGAUGUUGGCACUGACCAGUGUUCCAGCAUUAGAAGUGGGGGAUCUUUCAUCCAGCCAGCAGACUUUGCUCCUGACUCGUCUCUGAGUGGGCCACAGACUUUCUUGCCUGUGUUUCAGACACCUUUGCCACUGCUUCAACCUGCGACACAGCAGCACCAGUCCCCGUUGCCAGCAGUGCCUCUGAAUACUGGCUUAAGCUCUCCACCAUCUGCUUUUGCAGCGCCAGAAACCCAGAAGUUUGGCUUCUGUGAAUCUACAGUUAUCACUCACACAGCUUCUGCAACACUGACGCACAAUGCCCCUGCCACCACCUUCAGCCAGAGCCAGAACCUUGUCCUGGCAACACAGCAGCCAGGAGCAGGAGUGCCUUGUAACCUGACUUUCCAAACUACUGUCCUGCAGGGACAGCCCCGACCCCAGCUGCAGUCCCAGCUGACAUUUGCACUCCCCAAAGCUGUUCCCCUGGCCAGUGCUGGGACAAGGCCCAAAAAGUCACAAAAAAUAGUGCCUGCUCCGAAGCCUGAAACAGUGUCCUUAGUGUUAAAGAAUGCCUUCGUCACCCCAGCUGCCUUUCAGGGACAGUCCAGAGCUGUGAUUGUAACUCCCACACCUUUAAAAAGAGAGGGGAUUUUGACGCCUGCCAAGUCUCAGUCUAAUGUUGCAAUUGCACCAGCUGGAAUUGCCAGAGCUCAUGGGGUGACAAAGUUCCAUAGUAACAUUCAGGUUGGUCCAGCGCAGCAAGUGUCAAGUAGCCAACAAAGCCAGUCCACGGUCUCGCACCUCUUCUCUACUAGUGUAGUCCAGGAUGUGCUGGUGAAAGGAGAGCAAAUCCCUUCCCACUGCAGCAGUUCACAAGUUCCCUCACCUACACCUAGCCGAGACUGUCAGAAUUCUGGCCAGGCUUCCCCCUGCACCUCAGAGCAGAGCCCCAGUCCACAGUCUCCUCAAAACAGCUGCUCAGGAAAACUUGCCACUGAUUCUCAAAUGGCUGCACUUAAGACUCAGAGAAUGAUGCGUAUUUCAUCAGAACAAAAACGAAGGUUUAAUAUCAGGAUUGGCUGCAGUACCCUGAACAGCUUGAUUUCGGCGAACUCCAAGUCGAUCAGCCAUGCAAUCACUCUCCAGAAAACAGUAGAAUAUAUCGCUAAACUGCAGCAGGAAAGAACACAGAUGCAAGAGGAAACCAGGCGCCUUCGGGAAGAAAUCGAGGAGCUAAACGCUGCCAUCAUUUUGUGCCAACAGCGGCUCCCUGCUACUGGUGUUCCAGUUACACGGCAGAGAUUUGACCACAUAAGGAGUAUGUUUGAUGAGUACGUGAGAAACAGUACCCUCCAGAACUGGAAGUUCUGGAUUUUCAGCAUUAUUAUUAAGCCAUUGUUUGAGUCCUUCAAUGGAAUGGUUUCCACAACAAGCUUUAAGGAUCUGAAUCAAACUGCAGUAGCCUGGUUGGAUCAGCACUGUUCCCUCCCUGUUCUGAGGCCAAUGGUGUUGAGCAGCCUUCGGCAGCUGAGUAUAAGCACCUCAAUUCUGUCGGAUCCAUCACGCCUGCCGGAGCAAGCCGCUGAGGCAGUCAGCAAGACAAAUGAAACAGCUGGUGAAACCUAACAACCAAAGACAAUGAGUUACUCAUACAAGGGGUGGAGAACGUGCCAGUCUAGCAGCCUGGUGAGUCUCCUUUCAGUUGGUGCACUUUAGAAAGAAUUCUCUCCAUCAUCCAAGACGUUGUUCAGAGCAUCUGGCUCUGCCUUCAGAAUUUGAAGCAACGUUGUUCGUAACGUUUUGAUUCCUCUUCAGUGCUGUGCUCCUCUCCGUUAAGUGAGAACACCAAGCUCAGGUAAAUUUAGCAGGAUUUAAUCCUGCAGGCAGCAAUAUUUCUCCAUCAAUGCAGCAUGCAUCUGUAUGCAACAAAGGUCUUUCUGUAAAACAGCUUCAUGUGCUAAGUUCUCUGACGUGUAAAUCUUGUACAUCAAGGAAUGUUCUCUUAGAGGGGAAAAAUACUUUCAAUUUUGUUUAACGAAUUGUGCUUUUUGUUUUGUUUUCUGGUAUUCAGUUCCAUUUGUUUUACUUGAAUAGUAAAAAUAAAAGUUAAACAAGAUUAUAUUAAAAACCAAAGGAGGAGAAAAAUCCAUCAGUGAUGUCAACUCGUGGAAAAUACUAGAAUUAAAAUCUCAGGCUGUGUUUUGUGUAUUUUAAUGAGUGUACCCUUACAUAUGAUCAGUUUCAAGACAUGCUUUAUUUUCUAGCAAAUAAAGUAGCUGAUUUUUAUUAUUUUUCCUGAUAUAGCCAUUGCAAUAUAGUAGCAGACAGCGCAGUAAGUGCAAGAAAGCAGUUUUAGCUUGCACGGCUUCUGCAGUCAGGAUAAACACAUGAAUUUCAUAUCCAUUUAAUCUGUAAACUGUUUUCUUGCACUCUGCAGAGUUCAUCUGCCUUCCUCAUAAAAUGUGCACAUAUGAAACACAUCCAUAGAUAAAUGUCAUAGUGCUUCAAAGACAAAACUUCAGUUCUGAGCAUUAAAAAAUUGGCUUUUAUGUUAUCUCAGAAAGUGUAGCAAACCAUACCAGCUUAUAGUCCAUUCUUAGUUUCUUUUGUCUUCUCUGCCUGCCUGCUCUUUUUGCCUUCUUUUUAAAAAAAACCUGAAGGACUUAGCCAAGCUUGAUCUUUAUGGGACAGUUAUGUUCAAUAUAAAUUUUAAAACAUAUAAAGAUAUGUUUAAAAUUGGAAAUACUGUAUAAUGUUUUUCUGUGGCAGUUUCUGCAAGCACUACCCUUUGCUGUAGAUAAGCUGAGUCUUGUUACAGUAGAGAUAGUUCUGUCCAUCCUUAGACAACGCUGGGAUAUUCCUUCUGGCCAAUUGUUUGUGAUUUGGCCUGGAAUGACCCUAUGACUCAUGUAUUUCUACUCCUUACUCGAUUCUGUUAUUUUGGAGCUAUGCAAAGUGCGGGUAAAGUUUCUCUUAAUACCUCCUCCAAGUAAUUUUCUGCCAGUUUGAAAAGCAGGCUGUCUGGACAUGAUGAGCAGGCUAUCACAGUGCAAACAUGAAGAGCAGCUAAAAAAUUUAGAUACUACACAUUCAGAAACGGAGUCAGUGAUACUGUGUUGAGUCCAAUCCUCCCCACUUGGUGGGAUGAACCUUAAAAAGCAGCAGUAGGUUUUGGGGAUCAGGACUAGGCACAGGGAAUGUUUCUUUUUUCCUUCUUGUUCUGAAGUGUUGCAGCUAUUGGCUUUCUUUGCAGAAUUUUCUUACAUGUGAGCAGGACUGUAACGAGAAGAAAGCAUGAAAAGUUCGCCCCAGGGCAGUUUCCUGGAGCAGAGGUACUGUGAGUUGUGGAGUGGGGGAGCUGAAAGGGACUUCUGAAAGGUGGUGAUUUAUUGAAAUAGCGUGUAAAGGCUGUCACAGCAAUUAGUGAAUAGUUUUUCUAGGGAGGGCCCCUAUCUAGGUCUUUCAUACUUUUUAUUUUAUUCAAGUAAUUAAUAUUAUUUUGGAUGCAUCUGGAUAAAAUAUAUUGGAACUAGAUGAUCUUUAAGGUCCCUUCCAACACAAGCCAUUCAACAGUUCUGUGAAUAAGUGUAAAGUAAUUUUUUAAUCAGUUCUUUAAUUCUCCUAUUUUUAUCACUGUUUGUGAACUUGAUUCCAUUUAAGUCACUUAACAUUGGGAUUUGCUGGGGAGUGUCCCUCAGGUUCUUUACUGGGGAUUCUCACUGAGAUGCGUAGAUAUCUACAUGCAUAUUUGCAUAUUAAAACUAUGUAUCCGUUUUUCUAGAAGGACUUCAUUAGACAAAUUGCCCAGGAACAGAUCCACUUGUGUUUUUGCUAUACUUUUCAGAUGAGCAUGUUCUGUUGUGACUCCCUUGUAAUAUUCUCCUGCUUGUCAGGCAGUGAUUGUGCCUGAUUGUUACCAUGUUCUUACCCAUGUCUGCAGUUGUGGUUGCAGUUGUAUCAAUGAUGAUGUCUCAACAAGAAAAGUGUGCGCUGCAGCCAUGCCUCAAAGCCCAGGCAAGUAUGAUGACUUCUAAGCUUAGAUCUUACUGCUUGGAAUCUCACUGAAUGAACUGGAAGUCAAAAGGGACCUUAAAGGAAUAGGAAGGGUGGGAAGUACGAGUGAACUGUUACAACUUUUACCCAUUAGUAGUUUUAAUGUGGAUGGAAAAAAACAUCCCAUUCAUUGCACCAUGAGUUGGUUACAAUUGGAGAGGAAAGUGCUUAUUUUAAUGACUUGAAGUGGAGAAAAAAAAGCUCAUGUCACUUUGGAAAGACCACAAAUCUUAACAAAGUAGAGAGAGAAAAUCAAAUCAGAGAUUGCUUACUUCGGCAAGAGUGUAGGAGGGAGGGAAGGAAUAGUGAAAAGAUUUUUCCACGUAGUGCAAUUACCAGAAAUGAUGUGGCGACUCUUUGAAGCAGUGAUUCAGAAUUUUUUUUCUCUUACCCAUCAGCUUUGUGAGGGUUGUGAUUUCACUUCAUAUGGAAACACAGGAGGAUAAAGCCAUCCUGUAUUUCAUUUCUGCACUUUAGAAGUACUGAGGAUUGGUAUGAAAAGGAAUUGACUACGUAUGUAUUAAUUCUUGCCUAGAUUCCUACUUUGUUAUAUAUUUAAGCUGCUUAGUCUUUCUGCCUUCCUGAUUGAGGACUCUAAAUAAUAUAUUUCAGCUUAAAAAAAAAAAAACAACCUAAAACGAACAAAAAAAACAGCAGAAAAACUCGGUACCGCUUUCUUGUCUGACUUAAGCAGUCUAACUUCCUGUGCAUCACCGCAGUACAUUGAGCAAGCAAAACACACUGUGCCUAUUGUCUACACCGAAUUACAGGUGAUGCGUAUCUGUCUUCAGUAGGUUGAUUCUGGACUUAUAAAGAACAUGACUCAUUCAGUCAACUCCAACAUACUUUGCUCACCAAGUGUGUGGCUAGAUAAAAUAUUUCUUGCCUGUGAGGCACACAAGGUCAAACUGAGGUUGUCUAGUGGUGCCUUCUGACCUUGAAUUAUAUUAAUGGGGACAUUGUAGAGGGGCCCCCUCCCCAUACGCAAGUUCUAGGGAACUUGUUAUCUGAUAAACUUAAUAGAUUUAUAUACUUCCUGCUAACAGGAGGAAUUAGCAGGGAAAGUCCAGGAGCGAACUAUAAUGAAGAAAUUAUUAGAGAUGGAGACAAGUCCUUGCUUCAUCUGGACAGUCUAAUCUCUGCACAAAAGCAAUGGAUUCUCAAUUAAUACCAGUUGAUCCAAUUGCUGUGUUCUUCCAUGCUUUUCUAGACCACCAGGGAAGCCUUUCUUCAAGGCAGGUGUACUAGAGUGCUACCACCUGUGCCUUAUAUCUUGGGGUCCUGUAUUCAUCUGAUGGAAGUCUUACAUUCUUACCCCUAAUUUGAUGCUACGUGGAAAAUUUGGUGAAAUGGCAGAGCGAGGAUUCCCUUUAUUUUAAGAGAGUGUAUUGUCUGCUUGGCAUUUUGGAGGUUGUGUGCUGAAACUGAGGUUGUGCAAAAUUGUGUGUGAAUGUGUGGAUGCGUAUAUGAAUGGAAAAAAAUUGUCUCAUUCCUGCUGACUUCUCUAUCCUUCCCAUGUACACGGGGACACACCCACCAAAAAGUUUGACAGAAACCUAGUAAAGAUAAAAGCGCUUAAAUCUCUAAAUCUGGAAUGGCUUGAGCAGUCAAAGGGCUGUCAAACUGUGUUUGAAAAUAGCAUCCCUUUACUUUGCGUCCUCGAGAUUUUUACGUUCCUUUUGUGCAUGUGUAUGCUUGUGUUCUCAUGAUGGAGGUGAGAGGGGCGGUUGCGUUUUGUUUGCUUUUGAAGUCUAAGACUUCUGAAGUGCAGUUAAGAGCAGGAGAGGGAAUCUCACUGCAAAAGCAUUCAGUAACAUAAUGCUUUUUUAUUCCAAAUUAUUUGGAAGCUGUUCCAUGUCACGUGUUUCUGGAAUGGAUAAUUUUUGCUUGAUGCUCCCAACUAGAAGAUACUGCUAAAAUAGAGUUGAUAGUGAACUAUUUUGACCUUUUUAUUUACUUCUUUCCUUUUUACUUUGUUCCUUUGCACCUUUAUUGCAAGGGAAAACACCCAAAAUCUAAAGGUUUAGGUGCUUUAGGGCCUACUAAUGUCAGAGGAAUGUGGACAGCUCUUGAUAACUUGGAGGCUUUUUGAUUAGGUAAGGUAACAGGAGUUUUCCUAUUUCUCUUUCAAGUUAUAUACCUCCAUUUCAGAGAUCACUUUCUUUUGAAGGCUUUCUUGUAUGGGACCUCAAUACUGUUUCCACAACAUCAGCUAAGGCCUCAGCUUUCCUUUGGUUUCAUUCUUGGAUGGAUUUAAUGCUUAUUUUCUGUGUUAGAGCAGAAGUGGUAGUACCAAAUUGUAGAUUGAUCUGUAAAACUUGAUUCAAUUGCAAGGAAAUACACCCAGGUGUAUAAUAGACUUUCUAGCCAUAGUCUGAUCUGCUUUUAUAUCUGAAUGUUUCCAACAUGAAUAGAAUUUUGAAUCAAAAGAUAUCAGUUAGGAAUAAUCCUCUUAAUUAACAACGUAAUGAACGAAUUGCUUAUUUUCUUCUUCUAACCUUGUAUUUAAAUGUAUUUAAGUGAAUGGAGUUCAUUCUUGUUGUUAAAAAAAAAAAAAAGC